AUGGUCUUGAUUUCAAUCCUCUUCGAUGACGGGCAGGUGUCCUCCCCGAGCAUCCGUUCGUGGGUGCCCACGGUGAUCCGCGUCGAGAAGCGCUCCGUGUCCAAGCUGACGCUGUACUCGGCCGUGUUCCUGUGCCUGGUCGUGAUCGCAGCCUUCGUGCUGGUGCUGGCGCGGAAGGUGCCCGCAUACGCUGCUCGCAAGGAGCACGUCUGCUCGACGGGAGGCUGCCUCGAGCACGCGCGCCGUCUGCUGAGCACGCUGAACGCGUCUGUCGAUCCGUGCCAGGACUUCCACACGUACGUGUGCGGCGGGGACGACCCUGCUUCCAGCCCCAACGAUGCGCUGGACCGCUUCUACGGAUCCAAGGUGUUACACGUGCUGCUCCGGCCUGGACUUGAGGGGAACUACACUGCGACGACCACCUUGAAGGCACUCAUGGCCCUCGAAAAAUGUGCCGACAGGUCGGGUGCCAGCGAAGCCAUCGAAGACUUUGCAGAGUUCAUGGUAGACCGCGGGAUCUCCUGGCCGGCGCCGGCCCUCCGAGAAAAGCACGUGGGGCUGCUUGAGUUCUUCGACGUUCUGCUAGACCUCUCCAUCAAUUGGAGAGUCGCCUUAUGGUUUGACGUGAGCGCCGCCUACUCGGACAUCGACGGCUCCUUUAUCGUCAGCUUCAGUGAGAUGGGCGCGCUGGCGUGGCACAGAAUGCGGCAGCUGUCUACACUGGAUGACGACGCGUACGCGGCCUUCGUCCGCAACAUGUCAUCGCUGUUGACAAAUGGCUCGCUCAUGCUGGAUGACGAAGAGAUCGAGGAGCUGCGUCGCGACGAAACUGUCAUUCGCAACACCGUCCUGUCCCUCGACGCAGCUGAGCAGCAUGACCUGGUCGUGCCACUCCACAAGGUCGGCGACGUGACGAGAGUGAUUUCGUCAGCAGAAUGGAUGACACUGCUGACGAAGCACCUUAGCACUGACUUCAACAUUACCUCACACACGGAAGUCCUGCUGUCGAACGAACCGUACCUCGCCCGAAUAUUCACGCUGUUGGAUACCAUCACGGCAGACAGAGCGCUUAACGUGACGGGCUGGAUGUUCGCUUACGUCUACGCGUGGACCGCGACGCCAGCCUUAGACGAUUUCCCUAACAUGGGUACCGAGGGAAUGAGGACAUACUCGCUCUGCUUCUUGACCGUGCAGGAGUGGCUCGGUCUCGCUCACUUGGCCGCCUCGUUCACGCACGAGUUUCCCGCGCCCGAGCGCCACAAGAUCUCCGACGUCUUGAACUGGACGUCUUUCGGGCUCGUGGACGCCAUCGCGAACUCUCGCAGCGUGUCGAAUUCCACAAAGAGCACGGCUGCAGCCAAGAUUCAGACGACAACCGGACGACACUUCUGGCCUCCGGAGCCUUUCUUCCACCUGGACACGCUCGACGUCAUGUACGAGAGCUUUCCGGCGCAACAGAACAACUUUUUUGCGAUCUGGAUGAAGUCAAGGAAGGCACUGAGGAGGUCUCUCACCAACCGUUACUACGGAAGCCUCAUGACCGCACGUUACCGCUGGCUUCUGAGCGACGUCCUAUACGUUUAUGGCCUCAACUGGAUGCGGAUCAGUUUGUGGGCUGUCUACCCGCCGUCGUACUUGAAGGAUGGCUCGCGCGCUAUGGCGUACAGCGGACUGGGGUUCCAACUGGCCAGAGCGUUGGUGAGAACCGUGGACGAGCACGGGAGACGCCUCAAUCACAGGGGGCACGAGAGCAACUGGUGGGACAAGGUGCAGAACUGCACGUGGGACCUGGCUGAGUCGGAGCGCGAAAAGCGGGAAAUAGCCGACUUGUUUGCGCUCGAGCUGGCACUGGACGCGCUCAGGAAGAGCUCCGGGAGGGACCGCCUGCCGCAGAAGAUCCGCGGACUAGAGAUGCUCUCAGAGACGCAGACGUUUUUCGUGAGCUACUGCAGCCACUUCUGCGAUGACCCGGAUGGAAAGAGGCUGUGUAGCCUGGCAGCGAACGUCAGCGAUUUCGCAGAUGUCUUUUCUUGCCAGCAACAUGAGAGGGAUAUCUGUUUGUUCGUCUGA